UAAUUAAUACUUACACAAUAUAUAAUGGCUGCUUUCCUUUUGUUUGUGUUUAUUUUUUCUAGUCAAGUGAUUGGUGGAUUGAAUACAAAGCUGCUACCUCCAUCAUAUGGAAAUACAAUAACCAUUCUUAGUAUUGAUGGAGGUGGCAUUAAGGGGAUUAUUCCUACGGUAGUUCUUGAGCACUUGGAAAAGGCUCUUCAGAUUGUGGCAAAAGAUGAAAAAGCAGUGUUGGCAGAUUAUUUUGAUGUGAUAGCUGGGACUAGUACUGGAGGACUCAUUGCUGCCAUGCUUGCUAGUCCUCACCCAAAUGACACUUCUCGUCCUGCAUUUACUACUCCACAAAUCUUAAAUUUCUACUUGGAUUAUGGCCCUUCUAUAUUCAACCAAACUUCUGCUAGCGGUUGGAAUGAAAGUACAUUUGGUCCAAAGUAUGACGGCAAGUUCUUACAUGACAAAGCACAUGAGAUAUUGCCAGAAACACGAUUGAAUGAUACAUUGACCAAUGUUGUAAUCCCAACUUUCGACAUCCAUAAUGUCCAUCCAGUUAUUUUCUCAAGUUUUAAGGUAAAGAAAGUUCCUAGCUUAAAUGCAAAACUGUCGGAUAUAGCCCUUGGGACUUCAGCUGCACCAACUCUACUACCACCUAUUUACUUUAAAAAUGGUGAUGAAGAAUUCAAUUUAGUUGAUGGUGCUCUCGUUGCAAGUAAUCCGGCAUUGCUUGCGGUGAAUGAAGUGAUACAACAAUUGAAUGAAAAAAAUUCUGAUUUCAUUCCAAUGAAGGCAAAAGAGCCUACAAAAAUCCUAUUGUUGUCAUUAGGAUGUGGAAUAACUCCGAACCCUAAUAAGAUUAAUGCUACUGAGGCACAAUACUUCCCGGCAACAUUAUGGAUACCCCUUGUAGCUGAAGGUCUUGCCAGUGCUGUUGGAGACAUAAAUGAAUAUCACCUUCAAACAGUCUUUUCAAGUCUCCAGUCUCCUAAGAAUUACCUUCGAAUUGAGGAGUAUGACUUGGCUAAAUCCACUAGUUCCCCUGAUAAUGUUACCAAAGAAAAUUUGGAAAAUCUUGUAAGGGCAGGAGAGAACUUGCUGGAACAACCUGUUAAGGUCAUUGAUGUAAAUUCUUUUGACCCACAAGAAAAUCAAAAUGAUGGUACAAAUGCUGAGGCUCUUGAAAGGUUGGCUGAAAUUCUAUACAAGGAGAAGCAGCUGCGAUUGGAAAUGAAAGCAAUGGAGAAAAUGAAAUUGAUGAUGAAAAUGGGACGACCAUUUAUUGAAGCUAUAUAAUUAAUGCCAAGUAGGCUUGUACUAUGUUGCAAGUUGUCUAUCCUUGGUGGAAUAAAUAAAUAAAUAAAUAAAUAAAUAAAUAAAUAAAUAAAUAAAUAAAUAAAACAAUGAAUCUAUGUCUUUGAUGAAUGUUUCUAGUAUGUUGUUAAGUGUGUGAGUGUGUGACUUUGUUUUACUAGAAUAAGAGUAAGGAUUGGAGUGUACUUUGUAUUACUUGUAAUAAUUUUGCUUAUAAAAAGAAGAAUUUGGUCCUUCCGUUUA